AUGGCGAGUGAAGUUAUAACCCGUCCGCCCGAGCCUUUCGACCGAGCCGUCAACAUAAAAGCUCUUCCUGGAGGAAAAACAACAUCUAGCAAGCUGCCGUACCUCCUGAAGACUUCCUUCCUCGAAGUUGCGUUCGUCCCACAAACCAUCAAGAAAGGAAUGGCGGUGGUGGCGGCCUUCUUCAUCUGCUGGGCGCCCUUCCACGCGCAGCGCCUGCUCGCCGUCUACGCCAACAGCGUCAAGGCGGAGGAGAAGCGGAAGUCGCUGGACCAAGUGUACACGGUGCUGACCUACCUGUCGGGCAUCUUCUACUACCUGUCCACCACCGUCAACCCGGUGCUCUACAACAUCAUGUCGCACAAGUUCCGCGAGGCCUUCAAGUCGACGCUGGCGCAGUGCUGCGGCCGGGACAAGUACUCGAAGAGGAAGCGCGCGUACAGCGUGCUGUCCAGGUGCAACAACAACCACCAGCAGCAGCACCAGCCGCUGUGCCGCGCGCACCCGGACUGGCAGCCGCCGCGGUCUCCGCCGGGGGCGGCCGGGGGCGGCGGGCUGCCGGCGGCCGGGGCGGCGGCGGCGCCCUCGUCCCCGGCGGCGGCGGCGGCGGCGGCGGCGGGCAGCCUCAACCACUCGUACCCGCAGUACCGGCCGCGGUCGCGCGUCUCCUCGGACUCGAGCCAGCUCACGCUCACCACGUCCGUGGGGCUGCUGAGCCUGGCGUCGUCCACGCGCAGGGAGCGGGGCGGCUGCUCGCUGCUGCGCUCCUACCCGAGCAUCGGCGCCCUGGCGCGCCUGCUGAGGGGCGGCGCGGAACCAGACCAGGGCCGGCGCGCCGCCGCCGCCGCCGCCGCCGCCGCCGCCGCCGACAGCACCACCAACACCAUCAGCAACUCCAGCCUGCAGGACCUGGACGAGGCGGAGUUCGUGGGCGCCGACCUCGCCAGCUACAUGGGCGAGGUGAACGAGCUGGUCGCGCUGCACUGA